UUUGAAAAAAAAAGGACAACGAAAGAUGCUCAGCCGAGCUGUAGCUCCUGCCACACUACUCGAUGGCUUCAAUCCUUGCUCUUUUCUUCCCCGCCAAACCCCAAGUCCUCCUCUCCCACCCCAACCCAUCGUAUCCGCCGUCGAUCUCUCUCCGGCCCCGAAGAUACAAGAUCUCGACCGUCCACGCCUCGAUCGCAGCGCGGCCGGUCGUUGGGGCACCCGACGAUCUCGUGGCUUCUAUUCUCUCCAAGGUGAAGGGGACUGAUGGAGGAGUUUUGCUCACCAAGGAUGGGCACAAAGAGGUAGCUGGUGCGGCACUACAGCUGGAAAAAUAUUGCGUAGAUGAGCCUGUUAAAUGCCCCCUUAUAUUUGGAGAGUGGGAUGUUGUGUACUGUUCAAGGCCAACAUCUCCUGGCGGAGGUUACCGGAGUGCUUUUGGACGCCUUGUCUUCAAAACAAAUGAAAUAGUGCAAGUUGUGGAAGCCCCAGAUGCUGUGAGAAACAUGGUGUCAUUCUCUGCCUUCGGUUUCCUUGAUGGAGAAGUAUCCUUAAAAGGUACACUGAAAGUAUUGGAUGAUAAAUUGAUUCAAGUCAUAUUCGAACCCCCUAAACUAAAGAUUGGCUCACUGGGGUUUCAGUAUGGUGGUGAGAGUGAGGUAAAGUUGCAAAUAACCUACAUCGACGAGAAGAUCAGGCUAGGGAAGGGUUCUAGAGGUUCUCUUUUUGUCUUUCUAAGACGAGGAUAAUGAAAGCCAUAUUUGCAUAUCCUUUUCAGUGAAAGAACAUGUUCCCUAUUAUAUAUUUUCCAUUCUUUAUUGUUAACUUGUAAUUUUGCCAUUUCCUUUCCCAGGGAAGUGAUUCAAAUGUCCUCCGUGAUGCCAUGGAUAUUCUAAAACAGCUGACUUUUUUAGAUAUGUGGUCCUAUGGCUUAUAUCAUGUAGUAUAACCUUUCGUGAUUGUGAGGAAUAAUGAGGCGGCAUUUGAGAAUGAUAAUGUGUGAUUCAGAUGGUUGAACCUAAUUCAAUGGUGCAAUUGCUUUUGUUUUAGUUUAUCUAUAUUGAAGUCGAACAUUUUCAUGUUGUAUAAAAAAAGAAUCUGAAGUCAAGCUUGUGACA